AUGUCUGUCGUGAUUAGCCACUUUCACAACGAUCACAUUGCCGGAACCGAUGUCUUCGCCAAAGGGGGUGCUACAAUCGUGGGGAACGAUAGGACAGCGCGGACGGUAGAGCGCAAUGCGCAGAGUCUUGCUGCCGAUGAUCCUCCUAUUCAGGCUGUGCCUCCUACGGAUCUAUACACUAGCACGAGGGUCAUGAAGGUUGGCAACUUGAGCGUUGAACUGCACAAUUUCCAGAUACAUACUCCUGAUGGCACAGUACUGUGGAUUCCGUCAAAACAACUGUUAUUUGCUGGUGAUACUCUUGAAGACACGGCAACUUUCAUCGCCGAUGCCAAGAGCUUAUCCACGCAUCAAAAAGAACUCCAACGUAUGACGACCUUUCCCAUUUCAAAGAUUCUGCCGGCUCAUGGCGAGCCUAAUCGAAUUGCUACGGGUGGCUACAACGCAACUUUUAUCAACGCUACACUGCGGUACAUCGGUGUCAUGACGGAAGACGUGCCUCAACCAGCUGCUUGGACGCAGCCUCUUUCCCAGGUUGUCGCCUCUGACGUAGCUAGCGGCGACUUAAUCUACUUCAGUCAGUAUGAGGAGGUACACAAGAGCAACGCAGACUCGAUCCAGAGAGCUCGUGGAAGAGGCAACGGGAACUAA